CGAAAUCACAAAAGUGUUCCCCUACCGGUCUUAGGUGGCCAAUAUGCCAAGAACAAGAAGAAGAAGAAGAGACAGACCAUGGCAAAAUCCAGGUCAACAAGCCGAAGCUGACGCAGACACAAAUGUGUGGAACCAGGGAAGUCAAACGAGCACCAGGGGUAGAAACCACAGGGAAUGGAGGCCACGUCAAAGAACAGAUUAUAGGGCACAGGGUCAACGAGCCAAUGAAGAUGCUGACACAAAUGUGUGGAACCAGGGAAGUCAAGCAAGUACCAGGGGUAGAAACCUCAGGGAAAGGAGGCCACGUCAAAGAUCAGAUUAUUCAACACCAGUUCAGAAUACACGGCCUUCCCGUCAGCAGGCGGUUGCUAGUACUUCCUCUGAAUCUUCUAGAAGUGCCAGUGAUGAAAACAGUACUUUCACCGCUGCUAGGACAGUCCCUCACAUUGCCUCAAGACCGUCAAGCUCUUCUCAAGGAACAUCUUCAGGAUCACGCCAGACCACAGCAAGAACAGAAUCUGACAUCCCAGGAUAUUACUACGAUGAGGAGUCUAAGAAUUAUUACAAAAUCUUGCCAGAUCAAAUGUCUGGGACCAGCUUCCUGACUAGGACGAAAAUAAGGGAGCAAAAUGCUGAAAAACAACGGCAGAUUGACGAGAAAGCUUUUCUGGAAAAUGACUCCCCAGAAUGUAUGUUUCAGUUCAGAAAUGUGAUCAAAUCAAGAGCCAGGCAUUUGCCGGGCAUUUUACAGGAUGUGCAAUGUGGACAGGUUCCAAUUAAUGAUCUGAAAACAUAUUUAUUGAGAAAACAGUGUGCCUCUCUCCUUCCCUCUGUUCAAGAAGCAGUAAAGGCGCAUGGAUCUAACUUUGUACCAGGGUCACUUCUGGAGCACACAGAAUGCAUGUAUCCUAAUUCAAAAUUUGACACCCUGUUGUGCAUGUGGACACUGAAGUCAUACGUCCCCCAGUACGCCCAAAUGAUGAAAGUGCAGUCUCAAGUCACACACCCUCAUCCAGAUGAAAGAAACAAACCUGUCCAGAGGUUGUCUCUCAGAGUCAUGGGCAAGCCGAUCCAUCCAAUGUUUCACAAAAUCUCCUGUUUGUGCUGGGCUCCGAGCCGAGGUAACAAAUGCCGAGCUGUCAUCGUGACGUCGUGCCCAUUCGGGAAAGAGUCAAGUGUUGCCACUGUGGUUAGUCUGGAUGAAGGACCCGAGCCCCCACACAUGCCUUCAAACACAGAUGUUCACGUUAGUCUCGGAGAGAAGCUGGUCUGGACAUGUGCUUGGAACGGCUGGAACCAGAGGGUGAGCAUCGGCACCCGUGGAAAUGCGCAAGUGAUAGAUGUCGUAAGGCGAAACAAAUGGGUUUUCAACACAUGUGGUGGGGAUCCCGUCACCCAGGAGUUUUCCUCUAAGCUGCCUUUUGAGCUGUACAGUGGAACAAAAAAGGGGCUUAUCAUCAGACAUGACUUGAGAGCCAACAACAGAUCUGAACCAGUGCAGAAGUGGAACCAGACUCACAGCCUGGCCUGCAUCAAACUCCAGAGAGACCCAAACUACUUCACUGCCAGCGAUAUCACCGGCAGGAUUUGCUCAUGGGACAAGCGUAUGAACAGAGUUGUACUGACGUAUGAAGGUCUUUUCAAUGAGUACCACUACCGUCCUUUUUUCUUUGAUGAGACGGAGUCCAUUUUGACAAGCACUGGUACAGAUAGCUACACAAAUGUCUGGGAUGUGCGCACAGCAGUUUUACUCCGAAGAAUCCCUCCUCCCAUCCAAGCCAGCAACGAGGGCUGGCCAAUGGCAGUGUUCUCCAGUUACUGGGGAGGAAUGCCGGGAAAAGGCUGUCUCAUCAUGGCUGUCAGAGAUCGCUUUGAAUUUUACAGAUAACACAAAGUGUUUUUCCAUUGAUGUCCACUUUUUUCUGCUUCAAGGGCGUAUUUGUGCUGUCUUUCAAAGUUCUGUAAAUUAGCUUUUUAACAGUCUUUUAUACUCGAGAAACUAUGAGUUUGUUUUAAGAUCAUCAUGCAGUUAAUAUCAUUUAUAUAAUUGCUUGAAACAGUUGGUGAAAUGAUAAUAUGUAGGUUUUCCAUUUGUCAACAUCUUGUGCAUGGGGAUUGUGAUCAUUUAUUGUGGAAUUUUUUAAAUUCACAAAUUGAGACAAAGUAGAAACUUAAUCAAGUUUUCUAAAUAUUUGUGACACCUUCCUAGUGUAUUUUACGUUCUAUCUGUGUGUGCUUAGAACAAUAUUAGACACAGAGAAAAUGUUUUGAACAUUUAUUUUUUAACUUUCCAAAUUUGUGGACUGAACAUAUAUCUACUUAUGUGGUGCCACAUUUUGGUGACAGUUUCAUUUAUUGAAAGCUAGAGAAAUCUACAAUAACAUUGGCUUUAAGACACACUUGCAUAAUAUUAGUUUCUUAAAAAUCGGUCCUAGAGUGGGCUUUUUCUGCCUUCUUUAGGUAAAGCUCAUUGCAUUUUCUUAUCAAGCUGUGUAUGAAAUGAAGGAUAGCGGCCUUGCACUGAAUUUCCUGACAAAUGCAAUUCGAAAAUGCCAACCUCAAAUUAUAUGAAUGGUUCUAAUUCGCAUCAUGAAUUAUUCUCUUGUUUGCAAACAAAAAUUUUCCCCAGUUUGAACAGACACUGUAAGUAAAGUAAUGUUGGCCAGUAGACUUGUUACAGUUGGUCCCACAAUUUUCUGUGGCGCAGCCAGAUACACAAACUAUGCUCAAUGUAAAACAGCUCAGCAGACGUGGUGCAACUGUACAUACCACGAUGUGUGGCUGUAAGCUGAAGUGUAAACGUCCUUAAACUUGUGAAUCAGUUAUAGCAACAACCACAAAGUGCUGGGGAAGUAGAAGAUCUGGUGAAAAACGUAUGUAAAGAAUCAUUAAAGUAGCUUUUAUGGGUAGGCAUUUUGUAGGUGAAAUGAGUGAGCUUUUGGCUUCAGUUGGGUAGUCAGACCAUAUGCAUGGAGGUGUGGCACGAUAUGUAGGCAGUCUAUCGGUAUUAAUGUCUUAAUGUUAUCAUUGGUAUGUAUAUAUUUUAAUAAAGUACACGUUAAUAAGUGUAUAUGUGUAUGAUGAACAGUGUACUUUUUAAAAUUGUGCACUGGAAAACUCAUUUCAAACAAACUUGGAUUCUGUGAAAUCUCAGAGCUAGGCAGUUCAGUGAAAAUCUCAAAUUGCUUGGAUAUGUAAAUUUACAAAAAUAGACUCAAAAAAGAGUCGUGCCCUCCAGAUAAUCAUGCUUUUUUUUAAUUGUGUAAAUAUCUUUAGUCAUGCAAAAGUUAUGAACAUUUUUGUGAUAGAAAUUUUGCCUUGAUUUGGUCCAUUUUUUGCUCUGAUUUUUGUGCCCGAAUUUAGACGCAUUUUAGACAAAGAACAAGACCCCCCAAAUGAGCAUGACAACGCGUUAUGUUACUACUGGCGAAGCUUGGCCAAGAAGGGAAACCUGGGUUUCUUAUGUUUAUGUUUCCUAUUGUCGCAAACAACUGUGGCUUUGUGCUUUUAUUAAUUUAAAUAUUUUUAAUAGUAUGCGGUAGCAAUGUGCAAGUGAAGUCUCAUGAAAAGGCAAAUAGUUUAAAUUUUACAUCAAUCUAAAACUUGCCUCAUGUUCUAAACAAAAUAUUUCCACUUCUGCUGCAUCGAUCUGUACAUGGGGGACACCAUUUUAAAGCUCAGGUUUUCCUCUUUAAAAAUGAUGUACUGAAGGUCAACAGGGCAGCGGAGCGGGGAAUCCCUCACGCACAUUUGCAUUCACUGAACUGCCUAGUUAUGAGGGUUUUUUUCUUAACAUCCCGGUUUCAUUUCCAUACAGCAUAACUACAAAACUACUGCUGUUUCAGUGGUGAAUAAAGUGUUCCUUUU